CAUUCCAGUUGAGAAAACCCAGAAAACUCUCACAUGUGGCUAGGAUUGAUCCACGUUUGAUAUUUGUUUGAUAAGAGAGAAGGGCAUAAUCGUCCAUUUGUUUUAAACUUUUGAUAGGAUGAGAUGUGUAAGUCUGCGUGUGCGGACUUUUCUUCUUUUCAACUUUCUCCCAUUUAAUACUUGUACUUGUAUGCCCUAAUCUCUCUCCUCUUUCACAUAUCUUCUUUCUUCUUUAUUACAUAUCCAUCUCCAAAUCUCACAUAUCAUUUAUUCCAACCAGAAAUUAUAGAGAAAGAAAGAAACCAUAUUCACCACCAUUGAAGACUUUUUGCAUUUAACAUGGCUGAUUUGAACAGCCAACAACCUCCGACUGUUGCCGGUGGUACGGGGACACUCAAUGAUCAUCCGGGUUCACCCUUAAAUGUUGUCCCACAUAAUCUUUUACCUGAUUUUGCAUUUAAUGAAGAUGAAGAUGCAUUGCGUGAAAGUAGAGUUGUUGAAGAUCCUGAACCCAUUUCUUCAGAGUUUGCAGCCUCAGUUCUGAAUCAAAAUGGCACAAAUGAUGAUGAGGAUGGUGUUCAGAAUUGUACUUUUACACAGCUGCUAUCCACAGGUGUUCAUGCGGACGAGGAAUUUUAUGUUCACCACACACCCAAUGGCACUAGAAUGUGGUGUCCUAAUCAGGGGAGGAGCUUAGAGGAGGCCGGACCGGGCCUCGACCCGUGCGGUUUUUUCGCCCAGUAGUGUUAAAUUUAAGGUUUUCGAGAAUUUUUUCACAUGUGUAUUGGUUCGGCCCAGGCUGAUUUUAUCUCCAAAAAACAUCGGCCCAUGCUGAGUUUUAGGUCAAGAUCCGCCACUGGUCCUAAUGUUCCUAUUGUUUUAAAGCCUGUUGUUGGUUGUGUAUAUGAAACGUGGAAGGAUGUGUUCAGUAUGUACAAGGACUAUGUUGUGUAUUCGGGUUUUCUAUUCGUAAGGGGCAAACCAAGAGAUGGAAGGGGUUUGUCACUCACCAGUACAUAAGGUGUACUAAAUUUUCAAAACCACAGAUUAAGCGUAAAACUGAUACCUUGGAGCAGUCAACCUUGACUAUCAGGCAAAGUAAUUUCACAGUGACAGAUUGCAAGGCUAGUAUACUGGUUAAGUUUUGUGAGGGCAGCUCUAUGUGCGCAGUGGUAGGGUUCCAUGAGCACCAUAAUCAUCCGUUUGUUGAGCGUUUUAAUCGUGACCUAAGUAGGAUUUCAAGGAAACUACCCUUUGCAUCCAAACAGUUUAUCCAUAACAUGAGUUUGAACAGAAUUGGUCCAAUUGUUUCUCACAGAGUUUUAGUGUCCCUGAUGGGUGUACAUCAUAAUGUACGUGGCAUGCUAACUGAUUUUAAGAACUGGAGCCAGUCGGUUAGGCUUUAUAUUGGUGACCGUGAUGCGCAACUUGUUAUAGAUCGUCUCAAAGAAAGAUCUGAGAGCUUACCAGACUUUUACUAUGAGUUUGUGGUUGAGAAAGGGCAAUUGAGAUCGAUUUUUUGGGCAGACGAAAUUUCCAAGAUAAACUAUGAGGUGUUUGGUGAUGUGUUAGCUUUUGAUGCGACUUAUCACACUAACAAGUACAGUAUGAUUUUUGUUCCUUUCACUGGCGUUGAUAAUCAUAAACAAUGUGUGACAUUUGGUGCUGGCUUGCUAUUCAAUGAAACCACUGAGUCUUACAAGUGGUUACUUGAAUCAUUUCUGAAGGCACACAAGAAGCAACCAAAGUUAGUUCUAACGGACCAGGACCCUUCAAUGAAAGCUGCCAUUUAAGAGGUUUUCACAGACUCUCGGCACCGCCUUUCCAUGUGGCAUAUUAUGAAGAAACUUCCCACCAAGAUUGCUGGAGACCUGUUACAAAACUCUGAGCUAAGAGCAUUGAUGCAUCGUUUGGUGUGGAGUAUUCACAUGAAGCCAUCUACAUUUGAGACGCGUUGGCAACUUUUGAUGGAGGAAUAUGGGUUACAAGAUCACGACUGGUUGAAUGAUAUGUACUCAAUUAGGGACCAAUGGGUACCUGCCUACUUCCAUGAUAUCCCAAUGUGUUGUCUGAUGAAGACUACAUCAAGAUGUGAAAGUUCUAACUCAAGCUUCAAGAUCAACUCUUCUAGCGCUAACACACUAGUUCAGUUCAUGCUAUGUUACGAAACUAGGAUAGACAAUCAGCGUUGCAGGCAACGUGUUGCAGAGUUUAAAACUUCAUCUAGUGUAUUCAUGGACACUAUUGACUUAGCUAUUGAGAAGCAUGCUUUUGAGUUGUAUACACAUGCAAUUUUCACAGAAGUAAGAAAAGAGAUAUACAAGGGGAAGCUGUUUUGUUACAUUGUAAACACGGAGGAUUGUGAUGAUGUUUGUGUUUACUAUGUGAAUCAGUUGGACAAACGAAACAAUGCAACCAACACAUUCACGGUUAAACUUGAGUUGAGAAAUCAGUCGGUCUCUUGUUCAUGCAACAACUUCAUCCGUAUUGGAUAUCUGUGUAGGCACAUUUUUUGUGUUUACCGGGUAAACAAUAUUGAAAAAAUCCCGGCACAGUUUGUUGUUAAGCGUUGGACUAGGGACGUGCUUCCAAAAAGUUUAUUUUCAAUUGAGAGUCGAUAUGGCGUUGACACCCGUCCACAAGCUGCUGCGGAAGUCAGAUUCUUGAGAUUGUAACCGAAUGUGUAGACGCAUUAAGAAGUGAUGUUGGAGGACUUUCUUCUUUCGCUGAGCAGAUAAAGGAACUGAAAUGCAAGUUACUAAAUGGAGGACCAGUUGAUGACGAAGCCAACAAUGAUAACUAUGCUGCUGUUGAAGAAUUGCUUGGUGUUUCUUUAGAUGGGGACGUAACUCUCAACAAUCCAGACGGGAUCAGGAACAAAGGAUGCGGCAAACGUCGACGAUUGUCUAGAGCAUCUCAGGAUGGAACGAGCAACUCUGCUGUCAAACCUCCCAAAACACCCAGGCUUUGCCGAACAUGUAUGAAGUACGUGACUGGGCAUGAUUCAAGAAAUUGCAAGAAAAAGAAGAACAAGAAUAAAUCGGGUAACGAGGAUGAGGACUCAAGCUCUGCGAAUCAGGAGUCCACUUGAUUUGGUAUUUAUGUUGAUGUGUGUGCUGUGCGUGUUUUGAAAACUUUUAUGACGCCAGCUUUUUGGUCUCCAUUUUAGUGGAGCGCAACUAAACUUUGAUCAUCCCUUUUGUAUUUUUUGGGCUGCCUUUUGUACAUGCACAUGUUUGCAUGUGUAGAUUAUCUGAAAAUCGAUGCACAUGCAUAUGUUUGCAUGUUAGGAUGUAUGUGGGUUUGGUAUGUAGUAUGGUUUUCAGUUUAA